CGCGAGAGGACGCCAGAGGACUUCUUGACCUAUCCGGGCGGGGCGGGGAAGACGAAAAGGUGGUGGUGAAGCUGGGCCUUUCCGGGGCGAUGCCGUCUGCAUUCUCAAUCAGCAAGUUUCCCGUCAGCAUCCCCGCCGUAAUCACGACGGACUGGACGGAGCCCUGGCUCAUGGGGCUGGCUGCCUUCCACGCGCUCUGCUUGCUGCUCACCUGCUUCUCAUCCCGGAGGUGUGCGCUACAGGUGGGGCACUUCCUGUGCCUGGUGACCUUAGUCUACUGCGCGGAGUACAUCAAUGAAGUGGCGGCAGAGAACUGGAGGUUGUUCUCGAAGUACCAGUACUUUGACUCGAGGGGCAUGUUCAUCUCCACAGUGUUCUCGGCCCCCUUGCUGCUCAACGCCCUGGUCAUCGUGGUCCUGUGGGUGCGCCAGACCCUGACCGUGAUGACCGACCUGAGGACCCUGCAGGAGAGGAGGAGGGCAAGGAGCAGGCCCAAGGAGGAGUGACGGCUCGGGUCCGGCCCCCCGCGAGCCUCUUUCGACCCCGUCCGCUCCUGGGACGCACUUAGACCGGCUUUUAGGACACAGUUUACCGCACGUCCACCAGGGCACUCGCCGGGCCUACAGGGGGUCCCGUCUCUCUGGU